AUGCAGCCCCUGGUUGACCCAGAUUACUGCAACGGGCCACUGGUGGCGGCAUUGCCUCCGACGUCAUUCGAGAGCUCCUCAACAUCCUCCAGCAGCCAGUCCUACUUGGCCAAACUCAACAGACGAGACGGAGGCGGCGGCUGGUCCCCGCGGGCCACAGACGGUCAGCCCUGGCUCCAGGUGGACCUGCGCGAGCGUGUGGAGGUGACCGCUGUGGCCACCCAGGGCCGCUAUGGCAGCUCCGACUGGGCCACCGGCUACACGCUGCUCUUCAGCGACACGGCGCGCGCCUGGAGGCUCUACCGUCAGGAGGACAACGUCGCGACAUUUCCCGGCAACACCGACGCAGAGGGCGUGGUCCAUCACAAGCUCAGCCAUCCAAUCAGGACUCGCUUCCUGCGAUUUGUUCCACUGGAUUGGAGCCCCGCGGGAUGGGUGGGGCUCCGGGUGGAGGUGUACGGCUGUGCAUACAAGUCGGACGUGGCGGAUUUCGACGGCCGCAGCUCGCUGCUGUACCGGUUCAACCAGAAGUCCAUGAGCACGGUGAAGGACGUCAUCUCGCUCAAGUUCAAGAGCCAGCGGGCCGACGGCGUGCUGGUCCACGGGGAGGGUCAGCGCGGAGACUUCAUCACCCUGGAGCUGCACAGAGGCAUGCUGGCCCUGCACCUCAACUUGGAUGACGCCAAGCUCCAUCCCAGCAGCGGUCACGUCUCGAUGACCGUGGGGAGUCUGCUGGACGACCAGCACUGGCACUCGGUUCUGAUCGAGCGAUUCAACAAGCAGAUCAAUGUCACGGUGGACCGGCAGACCCGCCACGUGCGCAGCAGAGGAGUGGCCGACUCCCUGGAGGUGGACUACGAGCUCAGCUUUGGAGGAAUCCCCCUUCCUGGCAAACCCGGGACGUUCCUGCGCAAGAACUUCCACGGCUGCAUCGAGAACCUCUAUUACAACGGAGUCAACAUCAUUGACCUGGCGAAGCGUCGGAAGCCCCAGAUCUACAGCGGCAACGUGACGUUUACGUGCUCGGAGUCGCAGCUGGUGUCCAGCACCUUCCUGAGCUCGAGCGGGAGCUUCCUGCAGCUGCCCCUGGAGCCGCUGACCGAGGGCCUGUCCGUGCGCUUCCAGAUGCGCACGUGGAACCGCGAGGCCCUGCUGCUGUCCGCCCCGCUGGCCAGAGCCCCCGAGCGCCUCGUGCUGCUGCUGACCGCCGGCCAGCUCCGCCUCACACACCACCGCUCGCCCCUGCAGAGGUCCGACAUCGCCAUUGGCCAGAGUUUGAGUGACGGCCAGUGGCACACCAUCAGCAUCAGCAUGAGGGGCCUCCAGGUGUCCCUCACUCUGGACAAUGACCCCGCCUCCACCAUGGAGCUCCGAGACCCCGCCCAGCCAGGGAGCAGCAUCCUGUUUGGAGGAUGCCCACCUGCCUCCUCCAGGGACAACUGCAGGAACCCCACCAUGGCCUUUCAAGGCUGCAUACGAUCAAUUACCAUCAACAACCUGCCAGUGAACAUGCUUCAGGUGCAGCAAGGCCUUGUGGGUAAUCACAGCCAGCUUCAGUUCGACUUCUGCGGAAUCCGUGACAGGUGUCUUCCUAACUUCUGUGAACACGAGGGUCAGUGUUCACAAUCCUGGAGCACGUUCUACUGCGACUGCUCUGGGACAGGAUACACUGGCGCCACAUGUCACAACUCGAUCUUUGAGCCGUCGUGUGAGGCACACAGGCAGACGGGCAGCGCUUCGGGCUAUUUCUCCAUCGAUCCGGACGGCAGCGGUCCACUCAAGUCCACCCUGGUGUACUGCAACAUGACCGAGGAGCGCGUGUGGACGGUGGUGGACCACAGCAGUGGGCGGCCGGUCAGCGUGCACGGCUCCACCCUCCAGCGGCCGCACGUGUCGCGCCUCAACUACAGCGCCUCGGCCGAGCAGCUCCGCAUCCUGGUUGGACGCUCCGAGCACUGCCAACAGGAAGUGACCUACCGCUGCAGGAAGUCCCGCCUCUUCAACACCUGGGACGGGACCCCCCUGGCGUGGUGGCUGGACCAGGCUGGGGAGAAGCGCACCUACUGGGGAGGGUUCCUGCCCGGCGUCCAGCAGUGCUCCUGCAGCCUGGACGAGAACUGCAUCGACAUGAACUUCUUCUGCAACUGCGACGCCGACAGGCAGUCAUGGGAGAACGACACGGGGAUGUUAUCUUACAAAGAGCACUUACCGAUGACAGAGAUUGUGGUUGGCGACACAAACAGGACCGGCUCAGAAGCCAUCUACAUGGUCGGCUCACUGCAGUGUUACGGCGACAGGUUCCUGUGGAACGCGGCCUCCUUCUACCAGGAGGCGUCCUACCUGCACUUCCCCACGCUGCAGGCCGAGCUCAGCACGGACGUGGCCUUCUACUUCAAGACCACGGCGCCCGCCGGCCUCUUCCUGGAGAACCAGGGCGCCCGCGACUUCAUCCGCCUCGAGCUGAGCACCUCCUCCGCCGUGACGUUCACCUUCGACGUGGGCAACGGGCCCGUGGUGCUGACGGUCAGGUCCCCCCUGCCGCUCAACGACAAGCAGUGGCACUACGUGCGGGCCGAGCGCAACACCAAGGAGGCCUCGCUCCAGGUGGACCAGCUGCCCUUGCGAUUCCUGGAGGCGCCCGCCGACGGGCACUACCGCCUGCAGCUCAGCGGGCAGCUCUUCGUGGGUGGAACCACGUCCAGGCAGCGCGGCUUCCUGGGCUGCAUCCGCGCGCUGAGCAUGAACGGCCUGACCCUUGACCUCGAGGAGCGGGCCAAGAUGACCCCCGGGGUCAGCUCGGGAUGCCCCGGCCACUGCAGCAGCAACAACAACCUCUGCCACAACCGGGGCAAGUGCAUCGAGAAGAGCAGCGGCUACGAGUGCGACUGUACACACUCCGCCUACGGAGGACCCCACUGCAAAACAGAAGUUUCCAUGUCGUUCGAGAGUGGCUCGUCAGUGACCUACACGUUCCAGGAGCCUUUCUCCGUCGUGCGCAACAAGAGCCGUCAGUCGUCGGCCAUCUUUGCCCAGAGCAGCAAGUCGCGGGAGAAUGUGGCCUUCGGCUUCCUCACCAGCCAGGCUCCGGCCAUGCUGCUCACCGUCAGCACCUACCAUCAGCAGUACAUGGCCGCCAUCUUGGCUCCAAACGGGACCCUGCAGAUCUGGUACCGACUCAGCCGUGAUAAGAGACCGGAUGUGUUCACGCCCCGACCGUACAAUCUGGCCGAUGGCCAGUUGCACAGGGUCCAACUCCAUAGAGAGGGAAAGGACAUGUACAUAAAGAUUGACAGGGACAUCAACCAGAAAUACGGCUUAUCGUCUGACAAGGAACUGAACACAAUACGCUCCUUAACCCUCGGGAAAGUUACAGGGCGCGUGGGCAUGGACGAGGAGAUCAUCCAAGCGGGAUCCAAAGGUUUCGUGGGCUGCUUGUCAUCGGUCCAGUUCAAUCACCUGGCUCCCCUGAAAGCAGCGCUGCUGAAUCGAGGCAGCUCGUUGGUCAGUGUGCUGGGGAACCCGUCAGAGUCUAACUGUGGGAUACUGGCGGAUAAAACGUCAUCGCGCUCACAAGCAGAUCACUCAGAGGAAGACGGCAACGGCAAAGAGAGGCUCAAAAACGCAGAGCAGAGUGACUCAGCAGUAAUUGGAGGCCUGAUAGCCGCGGUGGUUCUGGUCACCCUGUGCGUGGUGGCGGUGAUGACCCGUUUCCUGUACCGGCAUCGUCACGAGCGGGCCCAGCCCAUGGCGCCGGCCAAGGAGAAGGAGCAGCAGCAACACCACUCUGGUCAGUGUGUGUACGGAGUGCGAUUUAUCGAUCUCCCGCAGCCGUCGGGCACACCUGCGGCGGGGGCUAUAAAGCACCUUGUAGGUGAGCGGGCAGAAGCUCAUUAUCACCUGAGCGGCGCGGACGGACGCUCUACAAGGAGAGGCCAGCUGCCCGGGCGCCUCUCCCGCCUCUCCCGCCGGCCGCGCCACCUGCUCCAGCGCUGGGUGGAUGGAGAGUAA